UCAGAACGUUUCACCGAAAUGGAAAAAGAUCACGAAGAGGAAUGUGAACGCAUGCAAACGGCUAUUGCUGAUAAGGAGAGUGCCUUGAGCGUUGUGAAUACAGAAUGCACGAAUCUGACGAAAGCACUCGAGGAACGCAAUCGACAGAUCGAUGAAAAGGAGAAAAUGAUUCGCGAAGGGCGUGAAGAAAUCGGGGAGGUGGUCAGGAGACUGACAGUAAUGGAGGAGAAAGCACGACUUUUGGUUCGUUUUGUGUGUAGUUAUUAG